UGGGACAUGACGAUGGUGCUUCUGGUGCUGUCCAACGUGGUGCUGAUUCCGGUGCAGGCUACCUACUUCGGCGGCGUCGACGAGGAAGUCUUCCAGUGGAUGCUAUUCAGCCUCGUCUCGGAUGCUGUCUUCGCCGUGGACAUCGUCUUCAACUUCAGGACUGGCGUGAUCGUGGAAGAGGAUUACGAGCGCGUGGUGAUGGACCCGGGCUACGUGGCGCGCUGCUACCUGCGAGGCUUCUUCCUUAUCGACCUGGUGUCUACGCUGCCCUGGGACUACGUGCUGGCCUUCAUGCUGAUGGUGUUUCACCACGAGGUCGACGAAGGGGACACCUCGUUCGCCAUCACCGUGCGUCUGCUGCACCUCACCAAGUUCCUCAAGCUGCUCAAGCUGCUCCGCAUCACCAGGCUUGUCCGGUACCUCGACAAUGUCGAGCAGAAUUACUUCUUCUACUCGAACGGCGUGUACCUGCGGCUGACCAACUACAUCGGGCUGCUGCUGCUGAUUGGCCACUGGAACGCGUGCCUGCAGUUUUUCGUGGCCAGGAUGCAGGGCUUUCCUCCCGACUCCUGGGUCGCCAAGCAAGACCUCGUGGACAAGUCCUGGUUCGAGCAGUACUCGUGGUCCGUCUACAACGCCAUCUCGCAGAUGGUGUCGUGUGGCUACGGGCGCACGCCGGCCGCCAACGUGGCUGACGCGUGGUUCAUGUGCCUCGGCAUGGCCUCCGGCACCGUGGGCUACGCGCUCCUGCUCGGAUUGUGCGCUUCCACCAUACAGACCAUGGACUACUCGAGACGCCUGCUCAGGGAGAAGCUGAAGGAAGUGGAAGACUACAUGCAGUGCCAGAAGUUCCCGAACAAGCUUCGCUGUCGAAUGCGCGACUACUUCGAGAACCGCUACGAAGGACGCGUCUUCGACGAGGCCAAGAUCCUUGCCUCGCUCUCGGACCCACUGAGAGAGGAGAUCGUGAACCACAGCAUCCGGACUACGGUUCGCACGGUUCCCUUCUUCGCCCAGUCGGAGCCCACGUUCGUAGCUGAACUGGUGUCGCGGCUGCGGCAUGAGUUCUUCCAGCCGGGCGACCUGAUCGUCAAGCAGGACACCGUGGGACACAAGAUGUACUUCCUGCAGUCGGGAAAGGUCAACAUCGUCCGCAACAACGGAGAGUUCGUCGCCAGCGCCUACCCCGGAGCCUACUUUGGAGAGAUGUGCCUGCUGACUCGGGCCCGCCGGCAGGCGAACGUGGUGGCCGAGACGUACUGCAACGUGCUGUCGCUGUCGGACGAGGACUUCCAGAAGGUGCUCGAGAAGCAUCCGCUCAUGCGACGCGCGAUGGAGGCCCUCUGCGCCGAACAGGGGACGCAGAUAAACCCCGCGGCCAUGACGUCAUCUCACCAGACUGACCCUGUUUACUGAG